UGAAGUAGAUUCCUUUUCUUACUUUAUGAAACAACUGUAUGCGUUUCGUCUUUUGCAGAGUUGAACAAUGACCAUAGUUGACAAAGCUUCUGAAUCCUCAGACCCGUCAGCCUAUCAGAAUCAGCCUGGCAGCUCGGAGGCGGUCUCACCUGGAGACAUGGAUGCAGGUUCUGCCAGCUGGGGGGCCGUGUCUUCGUUAAAUGAUGUCUCAAAUCACACACUUUCUCUAGGACCAGUACCUGGUGCUGUAGUUUAUUCAAGUUCAUCUGUACCUGAUAAAUCAAAGCCGUCACCUCAAAAGGAUCAAGCCUUAGGUGAUGGCAUUGCUCCUCCACAAAAAGUUCUUUUCCCGUCUGAGAAGAUUUGUCUUAAGUGGCAACAAACUCACAGAGUUGGAGCCGGGCUCCAGAAUUUGGGCAAUACCUGUUUUGCCAAUGCAGCAUUGCAGUGUUUGACUUACACGCCGCCUCUUGCCAAUUACAUGUUAUCACAUGAACACUCCAAGACAUGUCACGCAGAAGGAUUUUGUAUGAUGUGUACAAUGCAAGCACAUAUCACCCAGGCCCUCAGUAAUCCUGGGGAUGUUAUUAAGCCGAUGUUUGUCAUUAAUGAGAUGCGGCGCAUAGCUAGGCACUUCCGCUUUGGAAACCAGGAGGAUGCCCACGAAUUCCUUCAGUACACCGUUGAUGCUAUGCAAAAAGCAUGCUUGAAUGGCAGCAAUAAAUUAGACAGACACACCCAGGCCACCACACUCGUUUGUCAGAUAUUUGGAGGAUAUCUAAGAUCUAGAGUCAAGUGUUUAAAUUGCAAAGGUGUCUCGGAUACAUUCGAUCCAUAUCUUGAUAUAACGUUGGAAAUAAAGGCUGCUCAGAGUGUGAACAAGGCACUGGAGCAGUUCGUGAAGCCCGAGCAGCUGGACGGGGAAAACGCAUACAAGUGCAGCAAGUGUAAAAAGAUGGUCCCAGCUUCGAAGAGGUUCACUAUCCACAGAUCCUCUAACGUUCUUACACUUUCUCUGAAACGGUUUGCAAAUUUUACUGGUGGAAAAAUUGCCAAGGAUGUGAAAUAUCCUGAGUACCUUGACAUUCGACCGUACAUGUCUCAACCAAAUGGAGAACCGAUUAUUUAUGUUCUGUAUGCGGUGCUGGUCCACACUGGCUUUAACUGCCACGCCGGCCACUACUUCUGCUAUAUCAAAGCUAGCAAUGGCCUCUGGUAUCAAAUGAAUGACUCCAUCGUCUCUACCAGUGAUAUUAGAUCGGUACUCAGUCAACAAGCUUAUGUUCUCUUUUAUAUCAGGUCCCACGAUGUGAAAAAUGGAGGUGAGCUCACGCAUUCCACUCACAGCCCCGGCCAGUCGUCGCCCCGACCUGUCCUCAGCCAGCGGGUUGUCAGCAGCAAGCAGGCUACGUCGGGGUUCAUGGGGCCACAGCUGCCCGCUCACGUGAUAAAGAACCCACCUCACUUAAAUGGGACCGGACCAUUAAAAGAAGCACCAAGCAGCUCCAUGUCAAGUCCUGGUGGAAAUUCCAGUGUCAGCCGGGCCGGGUCUGUUAACGCUUCGACUUCUGUUCAGAACUGGUCCGUUAACAGGCCCUCUGUGAUUCCAGAACAUCCCAAGAAACAAAAAAUCACGAUCAGCAUUCACAACAAGUUACCUGUUCGUCAGGGCCAGUCUCAGCCCGGCCUUCACGGCCCUUCUCUGGACACCCCGAACAAGCCAGCUCCUUCUUCCACGGUCACCAGUUCCUCUGCAAUGCAGUCUACCUCGAGCGCAUCUAUGACGGCAGUUUCUGGCAAAAUCACGAAGCAGAUGGCCCCGAGCGAGUCCUGUUCUCAGCCCAUGAUGAACGGCAAGUCCAAGCUGAACCCCAGCGUCCUGGUGCCCUACGGUGCUGAGUCAUCCGAGGAGUCUGACGAGGAGGCCAAGGGCCUGGGCAAGGAGAAUGGUCUCGGCACGACCGAGAGCUCGGCCUCUUCCGUGCAGGACGCUGAGGACGCUGAGGCCUCUCUGCUCGCGCUUCGAGAGCCCGUUGCUCUGAACGGAGCUGGCAGCCCGGACAGCGAGCCGAGAGAGGACGGCCUGCCCUGCGACGGCGCCUGCCACCCGGCCCAGCCCGCCCCGCACGCAGAGCGCCCCUUCUCCAAGGCGCACGGUCUGCCCGGGGAGUUGACGCCCGCUCCUCUGCUCCCCCUCCCAGAAGACAGGAUCUUAGAGACCUUCAAACUCGGCAGCAAAGUGAAAGGCACCACCGAGGAAAUCAGGGGCUGCAGUUCACCUGGAACCGAGGAAGGUCCCUCGGAGGAGCCCAGCGCAGAGCUCGAGCCCAGCAGCCCGGCUCCUGAUUCCCAGGAGAAACUGGAUGCGCUCACAGGUCUUAGCAGCAAAUUGAAGAAGGCCUUGCCACCCUUGGAGCCCAGCCUCAAGUCUACCAAAGAAGAAAUCUCUGAAAACAUUUUAGCAAAACCUGAGGAGCCUUUGCCUGGUGCCAACAAUCUCUGCAGCAACGUCAAGAACAGUGCAGGCGACGAUAUGCCCCCUAAGCUGUGCGGCCCCGGGGAUUUGGCCAAUGACCAGAGCAGACCGGCCCAGGCUGCGUCAGGGACGUGCACAGAGAGCCCGCGGGCCAUGGCUGCCGUGGAGGUGGCAGAGAGCUUGAGCCUGAGUCCCCCGGCCCGUUCUGAGGGUGCCUGCGAGCACGAGCCCUGUGUCUACAGUGGGCGGGACAAGUGCACGGACACAGAGGACCCUUUGAAGGGCACAGGUGCCACCGCCUUGCCAGCUCCUCAAGUAGACAAGGGGGCAGAACACUCAGAAGGGGGCCCUGAGCAGAGUAACAGCGAGAAAUACGAAGAAAAUAAGAUUGGACAAAAAGUUCCAGAUCAUUCUCCGGUUAAGGAAAAAAUCAGCAUCCUUAGAAAAGUUGACCGAGGACAUUAUCGCAACCGAAGAGCUCAUUCCUCCAGCGGGGAGCGCGCCAGGGAGAGCAGGAGCAGGACAGAGGAGCGCUACCACAAGAGGCGGCGCUCCUCCACCAGGGAGCGGCCCAGGCAGGCCCGCUACAGGACGGAGCACUGCGGCGGGAGCCAGCACCACCUCUGCCCCGGCGAGCCGCGCUCGCUGGCCAGGUACGGCCACCACCACCCUCGGAGCCGGGGCAGUGCAGAGCAGGAGUGGGGCCGGUACCACCACCCGGAGGCCGAGCACCCCUGGGCCCGGGAGAAGUACUUCCCCGAGAAGCCGCGCUGGGACAAGUGCCGGCACUACCAGGACAGGUGCGCCCCGUACGCGGCGCGGGGGUGGAGGCCUUUCCACGAGCGCCCGCACAGCAAGCUGGCCCCGGCUGGCCGGCCCUACAGGGACUGCUACAGGGGCAGGAAGGGCUGCGAGGCAGCGGCCAAGGGGAGAGAACGCCACCGGCUCAGCCCCCGCGUGGGCCCGCCUCCCGUGCCCCUCCCAUACCCCCCUCCGGAGAGAUACUCCCACGAGAAGGCCGUGCCCGGGGCCCAAGACGACACCUGUGACCUCAUCAGCCGCUUUCACGACCACGAAAAUGUCAAGUCUCGGAAACGGAGAUACGACAGCGUGGAGAACAGCGACGGUCGCGCAGAGAAGAAAGCCUGGAGAGGCACACAGAAGGAGCCUUUAGAAGAGCCUAAAGUGAAGAAGCACAAAAAAUCCAAGAAGAAAAAGAAAUCCAAAGACAAACACCGAGACCGAGAUUCCAGGCAUCAGCAGGAUUCCGAUCUUUCAGUAGCAUGCUCCGAUGGCGACCUCCACCGACACAAAAAAAAGAAGAAGAAAAAGAAGAGGCACUCAAGGAAAUCCGAGGACUUUGUUAAAGACUCAGAGCCACAUGUCCCCAAGUCCGCCAGCCAUGAGACUGUUGACCGUUUCCGGAGAACGGACGGCGCUUUCCCCCUAGCCGACGGGCUGCCUCUAGAAGGCCUCGGGCCUUUCUGUGAGAAGAGGAAACAUUUAAAGAUGGGGAGCAGAGAUGACAGGUGUCCUCUGUCUGAGUGUGGCCAGGGUGAUUGAAACCUUGGCCUCAAAACAAACUCGCUAGUUAUGAUUCGGCGUGUUCACCAGAAGCCAUCCCCAGCCCAGCUUAAAUUAUAAACAUAGGAAAUAACUCGGUUCCAAUCUGCGUGGUGCUUCUUUAGUAAAUACUGUACAGAUUUUACCAUGGAGGACUUUUUUUUAGUUUUUACCUUUUCUUAAUUACCCUUAUUCCAAAUGGACAAACACUUUGUAAAACUGCUGACCAUUGUAAACACCGUGUAUGUAAAUCCCACGGACAGUGACGCCCUGGACUGGGACAUCUCAAUGCUGCUUAAUCAGACUCAGGUGGACUGCUCGCGUUCCAUGGAAAAGCUCCUCCAAGUCAGACCUCCGGUGCAAGCAGCCGGGAAGCCAUGGAAUUAUUAAAAGUACAAACAAACUGACAGUGUGUAUAUUUAAUUUAAAGACUUAUUUAAAGAUUCACGAGCUCUCAACUAGACUUGAGAGCAGUCUGUUUUCUGUAAUGUCUGAUACUAGAAACUAAUUUGCUUCAUAUUUUAGUUGUAUUCAAGAUUUGAAAAUGUAUUUUAUAGACAAGUUCUGUUUUUGAACUUUGUGGAACUAUUCCAAUCAAUUUACCAGUUAUGAUGAGUAUUUACAUUAUGAAUGUAUAAUCCAAACAUUAUUUGUAAAGCCUACGGUAUGUUUUUAUUACUUAACACUUUUUUAUACAGUGUCUCUUGUCUUGACUAUGAUAUUGGAGUCUGAGUUGUCAGCUUGGUCCCUUAAAGUUUCUAGUUACAGACAAAAUCAUACUGUGAUUUUAUUUUUAAUAUGGAUAUGCUAUCAAACUGUGAUACACUUAUAAUUCACUGGUCCUGCAUCAGGAGACGGAGUGGGGAAAACUGUAUUUAAUACAGUUUGUAUCUGAAUAAUCUGUAUGGUUUAUACAGUUUGUGUUGUUCAGAGAUGUCUAAAGUUUGAUCUUUGUUUUUUUAAAGAUUAAAAAAGCACUCGCCCCACUGUAAAUACACAGCAUGUAAAGUUUAUAUAGUAUAUAAAUGGCAGCAAAUUAAA